GCCUCAAGUUGUGACGUAUUUGAUAAAGGUAACAGCACUUGGGCGACCUGCUCCCAUUUCUAUACCCAUUAUCCAGAGAGAAAGUGGGCAGCACCUUAAGGUUUUCACUCACAGAGAACAAAAAAAUCAUAUUUGUGAAUUCAUAGGACCACCACUUGUCACAAUUUCUGCUGAAAUCUAAGCUUCUGACUCAACACUGAGGUGUAACAAAGAGGAAGAAGCUGCAGUGCCUGCAAAAUUCACAUUUGGCUAUCUGACAAAGGAAUUAAUACCAACCAUGGCAACCAAGAGGGAGAUACUUGAUCCUUCAGCUCUAUCAGACAUCUCUUCUUCUGUCACCUACAACCCUAAAUCUCAGACAGUGACCUUACCAGGAGGGAUCACGUCAGUGGCGGGCAUCACCGUGGUGACCGGGGGUGCUGAAAUGUCCUGUGGAUCCUGUAUGCUGGCCUUUUGUUUUUGGAAAACUCUCAUCGGCUUCAGCUGUGUAGCCGUGGGACUGUGGGACCAACUGAACCUGUCUACAGGAGGAAUUUCGCACUUACUGGGACUGGGAUUUGUGAUUCUGGCAUUCAGUUUCGUGGUGGUGGGAAGUGUAGUGGCGUAUGAUCUCCUGACAAGGAAAAAGAGAGAGGUGACACGAGAGCACAGGGAGGAUGGAAAAGAGGUUCUUGUAGAGAGUGAGAGGGUUGUUAAAAAAGUCACUGUUUAAAAAAACCCAUUAAUGACAGAAUUUAAGAUAAGCUGAUAAAUAUAACUUUUCUGUAUAUAGCAUACAGUCAUACUGGGCAGGAAGAAACAUUCCUGUUGUGCACACUCCAUGUCAGUACCACUCUGCCUCCUGCGCUCCCUUUUUAUCUUCAAAUCUAAAUUAUGUAGAAAUGCAACUCAUGUGUUCCAAGGUAACAAAACAAAGCCCCUCAAUUUUAUGCUACUCUCUACUCCACUACAAUUUACUGGGACAUUUGUACUUUUUACAGCACUAUAUCUCAUCACCAGCUCUAAUACCUGAUACUUUGAUGAUCAAGAUACACACAGAAGAUAUGAGCAACAUUUGAAAUAUGAUUAGCCUAGGCAAUAGUAAAUAAAGUGGUAAAAUAUUUUACAAAUACAUCAGCAAUCAUGAUCCAAUAGUAUAAGAAUAACUUUUAGAAUAACUUCUGCACCUACAACUAACACCACUGGCAUGGCUCAAUAUUCAUAUUUUAUUUCUGAUUUUAAUUUAAGUGUUACUUUAUGGGUAAAUUAAAGAGGAUGUGAAAGAUGCAGAACAUGUUCUUGUUCUGUAAUGAAUAAAUGAAGAAGUAAAAAAAAAGCAGGACAGGAUUGUCUUUUAAAUGCCUACUGAGUGCAGGCCGAGAGAAGAGAAACCAACAACAUCAA